AGAUAAAUUUUUCAAAUACAAAUAUUAUAUAUUAUCAUGUGAUCUAUUUGAUCGUUUUAUUUUUUUUUAUUGAUAAUAAUGAUGAUGUACAUCAUAUAUAGUUAAUAUAGAAUAUUGGAUAAAUGACUACAUAGUAGUAUACAGUAUUUACUUCUUGUAACAGUUUAUCAUUUCUAAUUGAUGAUAAUUUUCUAAAUAUUUUUUUAUUUUUUUUAACAAGAUAUUAAGUAACAUAAAAAUUCAAAAUUAAAUAAUAAGUGCUAAAAACAAGUUGAUUACUUAUUCAUGAUGGAUAGUACGAAAUCACCUAUGUAUAACCUCUUUAACAUGUUAUCAAGCUUUAGUACAGGUCAUGAAAAAGCAUUAAAACAAGGCAUUUAUAAUGCCGUGGCAUUGUUUCUCUUGUGUCUAAUUUCAGCGGCUGGGUACGGAUUAUAUAUUAUAUUGAAACCAUUUGUAAAACCUUUAAUCUGGGCUUUAUUAUGUGGCUCUGUUUUAUUCCCUUUCAAAUGCUCAUUAACUACGAUUGUACAAUCGUGGUUUGAAAGAGCAGAAGUAUCUCAUACGCCUUUAAUAAUAAAUUUAAUAGUUUUACCUAUGCAAAUAAUAGAUAAAGCUUCUGACAGUUUAGGAUCAUUUUUGUGGAAACAAAUGAAAUAUAUUGCUAGUGCAUUUUUACUGACAGCAUUAGCCUUAGGUAUAUAUCAUUAUACACCUACAAUAUUAAGUUGUCUCAUAUGGAGAAUAUGUUUGAUAUUUAAUACUAUUUUUGGAUUUUUUAUAACAACUUGCAAUACUUUUAUGAUUACAUUUAUACUUAUUGGAUAUUUAUCUAUAUUAUAUAUUUAUUGGACACCAAAUAACUCUAUUCAUUUUCGUUAUACAUCGUUUGUUAUGUGGUUCAUAAUUAGUUUAUAUAUUUCUAAUAUAUUAGGUGCUUAUCAAGUUAUUGUAUUUAUAACAUUGCAAAUACUAUAUUUAAUAGGAUUUAUUUAUGAAGUAGUACUUAUUAUGGAAAAUCAAGAAUUAGAAGACAAACAUAUGACAUUUAUGGAAGCAAUAUCUUUUGCAUUAACAAAUAAUUUAACUACAGAUAUGCAGCAAAGUUCAUUUUCUUCAUCUUUUAAAAAUGAAAAACUUAUAAAAGAUAUUAAUGAAGAAAGUAUAGAUAACAAGACAAAUAUAGACAAGAAGACUGAAUAUCCAGAAAUAAAAACAAAAUUUUCCAAAAAAUCAAUAUCAUUGGAUACAAAUAAUAGAACUGUAAUAAGCCAUAAAUUGCAAUCUAACUCUAUGUCAUUACGUGAUCGUUAUUUGUUAAGAAGAUUAAAAACAGAAUUACGAAUAUCUAUAGAUAUAGAAAAUGAUAAAGUUGAUACUGACAAAUAUAUGUAUGGUACAUUAUAUGCUUGCAUAGGUAUGCUUUUUUGGAAACAUAGAUGGAUGAUAUAUAUAUUGAUUAUUCCUAUAGCUUUUUAUAUCAUUAAACAACUUAGUAGUUAUUUUGGAUUAUGGAAAAUGAUUGAAAAUCAAUAUAAUAUUAUAAAACAAAUUAUAAAAACAUGGUGUAUAAAAAGACAUCAAGCUCUCUUACCAGCUAAUAUUAGAGGUUUAUAUAAAUUUGGAAUCAUAAUUGAUGAAAAAUUAACAAAAAUUUUAAAAGCUUCAGUUGAUUCUGUAGUAACAAUUGCUGUGAUUUUUGGAUUACUUAUAUUUACUACUUGUACUUCUAUUUUUAUAACAAUACAGGUUUAUACAGAAGGUAUGCAUCUUAUUCACAUUACUGGAGAAAUACUUAACUCAUCUUUAAUGAAUAAUCCAGAUAUUGAUUGGUUACCUGAACACUGGGAAGAUUCAGUUAAUAGUGUAUUAGAUAAUGCUUAUACAUAUGGACGGAGUGCUAUUUCUGAUGGAAUAAAAGGUUUAGUAAGAGAUCUAGAUGCUACUAAAGCUGAUCAAAUGGAAAAGAAAGUUUUAGAACUUUGGGAUAGACUUUAUCAAGCAUGGAUGAUGUCUAAUGUAGAUUCUGAUUUAAUUGGACCUACUGUAGAUGUUACAGUAGCUUAUUCAGUAUGGGAAAGUUUUAAAGAAAGUUUUGGAAAAACACCUUUACAAUUAUUUAACAUGACUGGUAUACAAAACUUUAUAAAAGAAAAUAUUGGAAUUUUUAUGUCAGUAUUAGAUUCCAUUUGGAAUAUAGUUAAAGGAAAUAUGUCUGUGAUAUUAACAAUUUUUACAGAAUUAUUUUAUAUUAUACUUAUGAGUGGAACAGCAGUAUUUAACUUUGUCCUAAGCAUGGUGGUAUUUUUUACAACACUCUUUUAUCUUCUUAGUUCUAGUGAAAAAACAUAUAAACCUGUUGAAUUAACUACAAUAUUCAGUCCUAUUAGUUGUCACAGAUUUGCUGUAGCAUUACAAGAAGCUGUAAUUGGAGUUUUUACUGCAACAUUUAAGCUUGCUUGUUUUUUUGGUAUGUGGACAUGGUUUACACAUAAUUUGUUUCAAGUAAAAAUAAUUUAUUUACCAUCAACUUUUGCAACAAUACUUGGAGCUGUUCCAUUUUUGGAUGCAUAUUUUGCUUGUAUCCCAGCUACUAUAGAACUCUGGUUUAAUCGAGGACCUAUGAUUGCUAUUCUAUUUUUUAUGUUUCAUUUUCUUCCUUGUAAUAUUGUUGUAACUGAAUUCUACAAGGAAAUUAAAGGUGGUGGACAUCCUUACCUUACAGGUCUUUCCAUAGCAGGUGGAAUUUUUUGUUUAGGUGUAGAAGGUGUAAUUUUUGGUCCAUUAUUAUUAUGUUGUAUAAUGGUAGCAAUUAAUCUAAGUCGCCGUUACUUGCAUUCACCAUCAGAAGAAGUUAUAUCCACAUAUGCAGAAAUUAAACAUUGAUAAAAAAAUUUCUAAUUGAUAUUUAUUGUUAUAUAGUAAAAAAAAAAUUAACAAAUUUUUAUAAAUUUGAAUCUCAUUAUAUAUAAUAUUGAAUCUCAUACAUUAAUCUUUAAACAUAUAAGAUUAAUACUAAGAAUUAAUGUUCUAAAUUUAAGAUUUAACUAUUUAAAAUGAAAUUUAUGUAAAAAUUAUAUUUAAAUGAUUUUUAAAAAUAUUUAAUUUUAAAUUUCGCAUUUUUAAAAUAAUAGAAUAUUAAAAAAAAUUAUUAUUUAAUACAAUACAAUAUAAUACAAAAAAAUCUAAAUUUGCAAAAAAAAAAAUAAUUUACGAAAUAUAAAAAUUUUAUCUAGUCUUUAAAAAAAUAAAAUUUAGCAUUAUUUUGCUUAUAACAGAGAUUAUAAAUUAAUGCUCUUACUCGAAUUUAUGGAUAUUGCUAUUGAGAAAAUAUAUUGUUAAAAAAAAAAACAAAUUCGGAUUAUGAUGAAUAUUCUGAAUAUUCAGAUAAUAAUAAUAACUUUAUUAUAAAUAUAUUAAUUUAUAUAAUAUAAUAUGCUUAUAUAUUUUUUGAUCAAUUUUUUCAACUGAUGCGUCUUGUUGAUAAUGUAAUUAAAAAAAUUUUAAGAAAUUUUUGAAAGCUUAUUAAUAUUAUAAAUAUAUUAUUGAACUGAAAAAAUUAGUUUUUUUUAAUUCUUAAGAAAAAUUUAAAAGAAAAAUGAAUUAGUUUUAUCUUUUUAUUAUAUUUAAAAAUCCUAACUUUUAUUAUUAUUUAUUUUUAUAUUUUAUUUAUAUAUUUUAUUAUUAUUUAUUAAUUUGAUUAUUAAAUUGAUUAAAAUUAAUUUUAUAAUCAAAAUAAUACAUAUAUAUAUAUAUAUUUAAUGUACGAUAUCUUUCUUCAUUUAUAAUAUUGUAUAUAUUGAUUUUUCUUUGUCUGGUAACUUCAGUAUUAUUCAUAUCAGAUUUUGUUAUUAAUUAAAAUGUUAUUAAAAAUUAUUGUAUGUUUUUAAGUAAUAAUUUAUAAAUUUGAUCAUCAUUUGAAAUUUAAAAAUAAAUUUAUAAGUUAAUAAUGUCAAAUUUAAUAUAUUUGAUAAUUAGUAUAAUUUUAAUUAUAUUUAUUAUUCUUAUUGGAUUUGAAAUUUAUUUACAUCGCGAAACAUAUUUUCCACAAACAUGAAAUUUAAUAUUAUGGAGAUAAACAAUUAUUUAGUUACAAUUUAAAAAUGGAUAAAUUGAAUCAAUUUAAUAAAUAUCAGAAAGUGUAGUAAUUUUUAAAGUUUUUCUUAACAUUUCUGAUGUAAUAACAUCACAUGCAUGGAAUAAAAUUUUUUUCGUAUUUUCAAA